UUUAGGGAAGAUUUAUUCAUUUCCGAAAUUUUUUUAUUCCUUUUCAUAAUUAAAACGGAUUUAUUGCGUAAUUACACAACGAACGUGAGUAAUGCAGCGCAGCCAUCAGGUUAAUUUUUAAAUUUCGCGCCGAUGUGUUUAUGUACAAAUACAAAAGAUAGAUAGAGUUAAAAACUAUAGCUUGAAUAUACUGGCACUUGAUUUGACACUGACAGUGUCAAUUUGACAGUGACAGUUUUGGCAUGUUUUGAAUUUUGUAAUUGUGUGGUUGGGAAUUUUCUGUAUAAUUCAAUGAACAUAAUAACUCGAAAGUUUAUGCAUUAUGUCGUACUUUGAAUAUUAUAGUAAGAAUUCAAACCAACCUCUCGAAACAAAAACUACUGUUCCCAAAAAAGUGUACUCUGGGCCCAAAAACAAACCUAAAAGCAAAAUUAGCAAUGGAUUUAAUUCCGAAACAACAAAGGAUACAGAAAGUAUAAAAGGCACUUGUCUGUCAAUGUGCCCUGAGGAUGAAGUUAAAAUGCGAGAUAUAGCCAAAAUGGUACAUGUUUUGGAGGUUAUAAAUGGUAGGAAGGUUCUGGUGAAAUGCUACAGUCGUUCUGCAGCGGACUCAACGGUCGCGGUACCACGGCUGCUGCGGCCCUAUGAGGUCCUCCAAGAUACCGUACGACAUCUUUUACUACAGGUAGCACAAAAUCGAGAUACCAACAUGUUGUUGAUAUAUGACUUUGUUAGUGAUCGUCUCCGUGCUGUGCGGCAAGACAUGACGGUACAGAGGCUCUCAGCUAAGGAGUGCAUGACCUUGUUAGAGCCCAUGAUACGCUUCCAUGUUUAUUUCGGUUAUAAACUAUGUGAAUAUCCAAUUAAAGCAUAUGAUCCAGUGUUAAACAAAAAACUGCUUCUAGAGUGUUUAAAGUGGUUCCUAAGCUGCAGUGAUUCCAUAGACCAAACUCCAAAAGACCUAACUACAGAGAUAGAGAAACUGAAUCUAAACCACAAUCUUAUCAGAAAUAAGAAUCAAGAUAUCUUUAAAUGUGACAAGGAGUUGAUAGAAAGUUUGUAUAUACUGUGUAAUCUGGAUGAUGUGCAUCCCAUGUAUAGGUACUUAAAUUUGGCAAAUCAUUUGAAAAGUCACAGAGCUAUAAAUUUAGCUUACAAAAUAGCAACAGCGAAUUGGAGGGGCAACUUCGUAAAAGUAUGCAAGCUGCUGCAUAACCUGUGCCCACUGACAUACUGUGCCUUGUGUCUGCAUCUACCAACAUUGCAAAGACAUGCCCUGCCAGUAAUAAGCACUGCGUACAACAGCAAGCAACUCACAGUGCCUCUAAGUGCCUUACGUACGUGGCUGCGUUUCGACAGCGACGCGGCGGCGGCGAGCGUCUGCGCGCACUACGGGCUGGCAGCCAAUCAGGGCGCGGUACGGUUUAGUAAAGCAGACUUCAAGGCAGAUGUCGCUACGCAUCAACCAUCAAGACUGCUUCUACUGGACCAGAAGAUGGAUCUCUCACACAAGCAUGUGUUCACAUACCAUUCAGAAGAUUACACUUACGGUGCUUGACACCAACGCAGUUGUCUUUAAAAACCGCUUUUUAUUAGGGUUCCGUAGUCAACUAGGAACCUUAUAGUUUCGCCAUGUCUGUCUGUCCGUCCGUCCGUCCGUCCGUCCGCGGAUAAUCUCAGUAACCGUUAGCACUAGAAAGCUGAAA